UUCAUAUUAACAUUGAGCUUAACGGCACCAAGUCAAUUUUUGUUUGCGAUUUUUUUUAAGUCAGUGCAAACUUAAAAGUGUAGUUUUUAUAAAUUAUAAGUGUUUGAGUUAAUUAUUUCAAAUUAGUGAGGAUAUCAAUAUGUUCUGGUUAUUGAUUGUGUUAAUCGUCUGCGUGUAUUUUGUGCGGUAUAAACAGAAAAUGAAGAAAUUUGAAGAGUUAUCUAAGAAAUUACCAGGGGAGCUGCUCAGUCUGCCCGUCGUUGGUCAUGCACAUUACCUGGCCGGAAGCGACGAAGACAACAUGAAAGUCCUUCAAAGGGCGGGAAGGAUAGCGGUGAAACGCGAUGGCCUUGCAACCUUCUGGAUGGCCCAUAAACUUUAUCUUAUUGUGGCCGAUCCUGUAGUUGCAGAACUGUUGCUAAAAUCGCAUCUAGAAAAAGAUAGUACUAUGGAGAUCCUACAAUUCCUUGUCGGCAAUGGAAGCAUUUAUGCACCAGUUUCCAUUUGGCGCCCCCGCCGCAAGAUCUUGGCUCCAACCUUCAAUAUAAAGAAACUGAAUCGUUUUGUGGACGUGUUCGCCAGUCAGAGCGCCCUGAUGGUCAACAAACUGAGACCAUUGGCUGGGAAGGGGACGUUUCCCGUUUGGAAGUUCCUGACUAGCUACACCUUUCAUUCUGUUUGUGAAACCACACUAGGCGUGCAUACUAACGCUGAUGAUGGCAAAAUGUUCAUUGAACCCUUCGAAGAAGUUGUGGAGCAAAUGACGUGGCGCAUGCUGCAGCCUUGGUUGCAUCCGGACUGGAUCUAUCGGCUAUUUCCCCAGUACAAACAGGCGGAUAAAUGCAGACGUGCGAUGUACCAAUUUGUUGAUAAGAUUGUCAAACUGAAAAGGCAGGAAAUGGAAGAGAAACAGCGCGAGGUUGGCUUUGCACCUAAGCCAGAACCAACAUCUCUAUCAUCAUUAUCAAACUAUGAGUUUGACAUUGCAACCCGGCGAGAGGCGUACUAUACUGUGCCAAAUGUUACAAAACCCGUUGGGCGGGUUCUCGAGCCGGAUUUAAAAAAAUCGCAGAGUGUUAAAUUAUGUGAUUCCUACCUCGGUUUCCAGUCUCUACUAGAAAUGCUUUUAGAAACGUCCCUCAAAGUGAAAGGUUUCACCGAUUUGGAGCUGCGCGAAGAGGCCCUAGUGAUGAGUGCAGCUGGCACCGACACCUCGGCUGUCGCCGCGUCAUUCGCGCUCGUCAUGCUGGCACGGAACCCUGAAGUCCAGGAGAAGGUGUUUGAAGAAUUGAACGACGUAUUAUACUGCCCAGAUAAAGCCGUCACAGCUGCAGAUCUCCCAAAACUCAAGUACCUGGAAGCUGUGGUCAAAGAAACGUUGAGGCUUUAUCCACCAGUGCCAAUAAUUGUCCGGACAGUUACCAGUGACACGGAGCUACCAUCGGGAGUCACAGUACCUGCGGGUACGGGGAUUUGCAUGCACAUCUGGGCAACGCACCGCAACCCUCGUUACUGGGGCCCAGAUGUAGACUCAUUCAGGCCGGAGCGCUUCUUAGAGCCACUCAAGCACCCCGCGCAGUUUGUGCCGUUCAGCUUUGGCGUGAGGAACUGCCUUGGGUAUCAAUACGCCAUGAUGUCCCUGAAGACAGUAUUAGCAACAGUCCUAAAAGAGUACCGUGUUCUGCCACCAGCUGAGGCUGACUUAAAGACCCUAAACGAACCCAUCAGGGUCAAAUACGACAUCAUGAUGAAAGCAGUGGACAUGUUUCAGAUACAGUUAGAAGUCAGAUCACCAACCAAUUCUAGAAACAUUGGAUGAUUGCCCUAGUGCUGUAGGAUAGAGAACAUUAUAUUUGUGUAGAUAUAAAAAAAUGUAAUUACUAUAAAACUUACAAUUUGUAUGAAAUCCCUGACAGUGUCAUGCUCUUGAGCAGAGCUAUUUGAGCUUUAGUAAAUUUUAUUAGGUACUUUUAAAAAUAUGUUUGUAACGUCUAUGAAAUUUUAGGACCAAUUGGAAAGUCUAUAUCUAUUAGUUUUGUUGUAAGCUUUGUUGCAAUGAGGUUCCACAAUUAUUUGAUAAGUAUCACAGAUGUGUUUUUUUUUGUAUACAGUAAUAAAUGUUUCACGCCGGAUUUGAGAUAGUCUGAACAGGAAAUAAAUAAUAAAACAAUAAGGUUUAGGUCAAUACCUAACCCGCAUUUUUUAUAUUUCUUGAUUUUUGUAAAUAAUUUCUUUCAUGUUAGUAUUCACUAAAUCUAAGGUUCUGCUCGAAAGCAUGAAAUAAUUGUAAGGGCCGAUUUAGACGGCACGCGAACUCGCAUGCGAUUUUAGUUACAUUGCGGACUAUUGAGGUUACAACUUAUUCGGCGACCGAUCAAAUACCGCAAUGUAAUGAAACUCGCAUGCGAGUUCUUGCACCGUGUAAAUGAGCCCUUACUCGUACCAUAAAACUUGCAGCUAGGGCACUUUGUUGGUGUGACCCUUAAAGGUAAAAGAAAAUGAUAAUAAGCAAUUCUCUGGCUUAAUAUUACAGGGUUCUAUGUCUCAUUUUUAUCGAACUGAAAUUUGAACUUUGUCAUAGUGACAUUGAGUCCAAUUUCAACUAUCUUGAAAAUAUAACAUAGAACCCUGUCAUAUUGGGUCAGCGAAUUCGUGAUAAGAACAAAACAUAACUUCCCAAAACAAGGGAUUAUUGUAUUUAAUUCUUGUGACUAUUUAAGUUUUGUACCUUUGUACCUAUUUGAGGUACGCAUGUACAUUGUACAGUCAACAAAACUAUAAGCUUAGCUCUUCUGCAUAUACAUAUUUUUAUAUGCAGGCGAACUAUUCGCUAAUAGUUCUUAUGUCUGUAUAUAACAGAGUAAACAAAUAGGUACUUGCCUCGCCUUGGGGCCUUUUGCAUUAUAAAAUACAAGCUAAUAUUAUUAGUGAUUUUGUAUGUAAAAUCUCUAACGCAGCGGCUUAUGUGAGCGAAUAACUCGCGAAUGCGGCAUUCGCGUUCACAACGAGAUCGCACACGUAGGACACUUCCAUAGGUAUCAAAGGAUUGAAUUCACCCGCGCCGCGCCGCUUCGUAUUCGCGAGUUAUUCGCUCACAUAAGCCGCUGCAUAAUAGUAUUAGCCCCUGUUCUAAUUUAUUAGGAACUUCAGGAUUGUUUUCAAUGCUCUAAGUGAAAGACACUUGUUCCGGUGUCGGGAUUCCUGGGCAGGAACCACAUUAAUUAAGGUGUAAAUAUAGAUAGGUAGUUGUUUAUUUAUUUGUAAAUCAAUAAAUUCGAUAGACCGUAAAAGCAACCAACUUGGUCAAAUACUUGGUUCAAAUUCUUCAUAAUAAUAAAAUAGGAACCCUAGCAUUUCGGAUGAAAAAGUUAAUUACUACUUACUUGUUGUUACUUUUGAGGUUAGAAAACAUCUAAUCUUAAAAAAAGGAGUGUACAACUAAUUUAAUUUAGUAGGAGUAUACAAUGAAUACUCUUAAUAGUAAGUAAGUAGGUAUCAAUAGGUAACAAAGCUCUUAAACUUAGACAAACCCGAAGUUUGUCUAAUUUUUUCUUUCAUUUAUGAAAAUAUUUUUCUAUUAAACUGCCUCAUCCAAAUACUCGUAAAAUUACACCGAAACAAAGAUAUAAAUAUAUUUUUGGACUCACGACUAUAUUAGUUGGGUGGUUUUACGGUACCUAUUAAUAUGAAAGAAUUUGUGUUAUUUUAUUACUAUCGAGUUAAUUUAACCCUAUUAUUGACAUUUCAGUAGUUAAUACAGGUAAUGC